GAAACCCUAGCUCCACACGAAGGCCUUCUCUCCCAAACCCUCGCCUCCUCCUUCCCGCUCUCUCCCACGCAGCCAACGGCGGCGGCGGCGCGUGCGAUCGAGCGGAGGAGAUGGGGAAGGCCUCCAAGGGCUCGCGGAAGGGGAAGAAGGCGUGGCGCGCCAACAUCAGCACCGACGACAUCCACGACUUCUACGAGAAGCAGACGCGCGACGCCCACGCCGGCGCCGCCGACAUCCCGUCCCUGCCCUCCGACUCCCUCUUCUUCCUCGACAAGCCCGCCUCCGCCUCCACUUCCGCAGACGCUGCCCCCAAAGAUAUUCCUGUCAAAAGGAAGAUUGAGAAGAAGAGAGAGAAGGUUCUUCAUCAUGAGAGUGUGUUGAAGCGGAAUCCGUAUGUACAGCCGGUUCCAUCUUCUAUAGCGGCAAAGAAGGAUAAGAAGAAGGCAAAGAAGGAAACAAAGGAGACACAUGAUGCAAAAAUUGUUCCCAUGGAAGAUGAUUCAGGUGGUGAAAAGAUCCUUGACAUCUGGGGUGAAGAUGCUAAAGGAGACGCCAAGUCUAAAAAGAGGUCUACUACUGCAUCUGCGAUUCCUGCUGUUGAAGUCGAACCCCCAGGCUGUUCAUUUAAUCCUCCAUUUGAAGCCCAUCAGGAUUCUCUUGCUCAAGCUGUUGCUGAUGAGAUGCGUAAAGUCUAUACUAAAGAGCUGGGGCCCACGCCUGUGCCACUGAUUGUUCCUGGUGAAGCAAUCGCUGAAGAAGAUAAAUUUUUUAUCGAUGCUGAUGAUGGUGAUGAAGCUGCUGAAGAAGGUGAUGGAGACCAAGCUGUUGAUGCUUUGGCUUCACAGAGGAAGACUAAAAUGAAAAGAGUUACAAGAGUAGAACUGAACAAAAGAGCUCGUCGUAAGGAGAAGUUAAGAGCAGAAGCAGAAGCAAAGAAAAUAGAAAAUCUUUCAAAGGAAAUAGAUAGCUUGCCUGAUAUAAUAAAUGAAAUUGCUAAAGAAGACGAGGAAAAGGAGAAAAGGCACAUAAGGCGAACUGUGGCCAAACAAGAAAGACUCAAGUCAGCCCCGCCUCGUCUGGGCAGACACAAAUUUGAACCAGCUCCUGUUCAAGUUCUAUUGACAGAAGAGAUUAGUGGCUCUCUUAGAAAGCUGAAGGGGUGCUGUAAUCUAGCGAGGGACCGUUAUAAGAGCAUUGAGAAACGUGGGAUACUUGCACCAAGCAGAAAAAUUAGGAAGCAACGCUAGAAACGUCACCUGUGCAUGUACGGGGAAGACAUGGCGACCCGGCUAUGGUGGGUCUUGGAACACCGGGGAACAGGUGCUGUUAGGGCAUCGAACAAUGCUACGGAAAACCAUACUCUUCGAACAGAUCUGAUGAGGCUACAAAAAUUUCUUCCAAAGUUUUGGUGGAUAGAUUCUCAUUAUAUUCAAGUUUUAAUUUGCUACAUGUUUCUGUAGUUCCAGGGCAAUGUUCAGUGGUUGCAAUGUCCUCUGAAUUGCCUGGUGCUAAGUUUUGGAAUGUCAAACUUUUAAAACCCUAUUAUUAUUGUAAACUACUGUUCAACUUGUUUAUGUAAGAUAUAUCUCAGUUUUUAUCAUCUCUGGCCUAAAAAUGGCGUACUGUGUACAAGAGUUCAGAGCAUGGCUUGGUCGCAAUUUUUGGGCUUUGCUGUGGUCAAGUCUGAAUGUUCAAUAAUCACAAGUAAUCAAUGCAGUAUCGCAUUCGACUAUCCUUGCAUAUAUACUGGAUUAUUAUUUCACUACAAUGUGUCGCAACCAUUUACAAUCACUCCCAGUUAUACACUGUUCUAAGCAGAACGAUUCAAGUAGCUCUAGCAUCCCAUCUCACCAUUUUCCAUCAAUGACUGCAAGCAUGCUUAUGCUAUUGCAGCUAUCAUG